AGAUGUAUCGCAGGUCGAAAAGCAAAUGGUGGUCGUGUAAAUGGCACAUAGCGAGUAGUCGUAUUGUUUCGCGAGGUAGAUUACGCUGCCUCCGUAUCAAUGGAAGUUUCAAAUGACGAUGUGAUGGUGAAUAACACGGCUUGUACGGAGCGACUCGUCGGCGACGAGUGCCGCGUGUGCCUCAAGUCGUGCACGGAGACGCGUCAACUGUUCCACAACGGCGGUGGAAUACCGAGGAAGCUGAUGGCCGUUGCCGCCGUACAGGUAGAGGAAGGAGAUGGCCUACCAACUUCCAUUUGUUUAUCAUGUAACCACCUGCUUGAUCUGUCCUACGAUUUCAAAUGCCAGAUUCAGAGGUCUGAUGUGAAGUUACGCGAGAUCCUGCAGCUGCAGAAUGAGGAUACAAAAAAUGUGGUAUUAAUCAAGGACAUCAUCAGCGACGUCAUUUCCGAUGUCGCCUGCUGUAAGAAGCCACACAGUCACAUAGCACAACAGAUCUACUCAUCUCACGAUAUCAUUGCGUUCGACAACACUAGCACGAUACAACAGCCCGACGCAACCGUUAAUGGCGAAUCGUGCAUGACGCAUGAGUUCAUGCAGAAGACGCAGGAGAUUGUCGAUCCGAUCGGAAAGGAUACGCAGUACGAUACACUUAAGGACAAUGUACAUAACACAGAAAUGAUAGAAGUAGCCUUGUGUCACGAGACGCACACGGAUAACGUACUUGCCGACCAGUCGGACAGAUCGUCUGGCUCGACAAUGGAAGACAAGUGCGUGAAGCAGGAACAACUGCUGUUACCCGACGACAUGACGUCGGGCAGUCUGGUGGAUGAAAGCAGGGAAGAAGAUGCGCUAAAGAUCGAGGUGAAGAACGACGCGUCGUUGGAGGAUUUUGAGAGUGUCGCGAAACAGAGCGCGAUGCUAGGCACGGAUAAUCAGGGUGCAAAAGGCAGCCCGAACUGCAGCGACGACGAGGAGAAACCGCUGAUAAGCAGAACGGCCAGGCAAAAGUGCUUGCACUGCAUCAAAACGUUCACGACGAAAACGGCGUUACAGCGGCACAUGAUCAUACACAAGACGAAACUGCGCUACGUGUGUUACAUGUGCGACAAGCAGUUUUCGAAUCUUGCCAAGUUGAAGAGUCACGUGCUCAGCAGCCACAAGUCUCACGCGGCGGACACGAAAGCGCCGCAGGAGCAGAGGCAGGAGGAUAAGCGAGUUAGCAAAGCGUCAGCAAAAGUCACGAGAAGCAGCAACGUGGUGGAUGCCACGAGGGAGGAGAAGAGAAACUUCAAGUUCACCUGCAAGGUCUGCUCGAAGCAGUUCAUCUAUCAGAAAUCCUUCUUGUCGCACGCGAAAACUCAUCCCGAGUACAACGAGGAGACGUCGGACGACGUGUGCCACGAUCAGCCCGCGAAUAAGACGACCAGCGAGCAGAAGGACAACAAGGCGCCGACAUUCAGGGAAAACGAAUUCGAGGAGGAGGAGGAGGAGGAGGAAGAUGACGACGACAGCGAUCUGCCGAUCGAGAGCCUACAGUGUACGCAGUGUGGCAAGCUCUUCGCCACGAAGAGAAACUUGAAGAGGCACAUCUCGACGCACAGCGGCUUGAAGUUCAACUGCUCCACCUGCGGAAAGGGAUUCUCAAGAAUCGACAAGCUGAAGGAUCACGAGCAGUCGAAACACAAGGAGGAAAUAUUCGGCAACACGGACGACGAGGACGAUGACGAGGAAGAUAAUGAGAACAAGGUCAACGAGAAUUCCGAAAGCCGGAAGAAGGACCGACACAACAGACCGCACAAAUGCGCGCACUGCCCGAAGGCGUUCGCGCAGGCUCAGUCCCUGGCGAACCACGUGGAGAGACACAACCGCGUGAAGGACACGCAGAAGCGAUUCCUCUGCGAGAAGUGUAGCAAGUGCUUCGCCCAGAGCGGCUCGCUCGUGGCGCAUAUGCGCACGCACACCGGCAUCAAGCCGUACGUGUGCAAGAUCUGUAGCCGCGCCUUCACCAAGAGCACCUACCUGCAGCUGCACCUGAGGACGCACAGCGGCGAGAAGCCGUACAUCUGCCAGUAUUGCAGCAGGGCGUUCGCCAGAGCCAACACACUGGCGCGUCACAUCACGAUGCACACCGGCGAGGCCAAGUAUCAAUGCGGCAUCUGCGCCAAAUCCUUCCGACGACUGACCUCGUUGAACGAGCACACGUACACGCACACCGGGCAACGGCCGUACGCGUGCAAGCUCUGCACCAAGAGGUACAACAACGCUGGUUCAUUAUACGCGCACACGAAGAAGUGCAAGGCGCAACAGAUGUCCGGCUCGACGACGACACCGGCGACGUUCGCGGUAUCGGCAGCGGACAACGUGCCACAACAGAAUGAUGCGCCUAUGCCCCAGCUACUGAUCUACUCGCAGAGGAAGCUGGUGGAUGACGCAGCGGUUGGCCAGGUUGCACCUACGUCGCAGUACAUGGUAGCCAAUAUGCACAAUCAGAAAACGGUGCCGACCAACGUGAUACCGCCGUUCACCGUAGAAGACCCGAGUGUGUACAACGCGAAGCAGUUCAAGAACUCGUACUACGCUAUUUAUCCGAACAUGUAACGGUAUGUCGACUGUCCAUCAUGUCCGAUCGUCGGUUGAUUCGUCCAUCGUCGUCUUCAUCCGGCAAUUUUGUUUGACUCGUGCAGUUCGCGAACAAGGUUAGUUUGUUAGAUCAAGAAUUUAAAUAAUAUUACGUUGAAAAAUAAAGAAGAUCUGCCAGUCUAGCAUGCUCAAGAAAGUGGAUUUAGAAACUUCAGUGUUUAAAUUUAUAUAUUUUAAUUUUUAUACAAGAGAGUGAUUAAGUAAGUACUAAUUUCACAGAAUCGGAUUUAUAUAUAUUUAUAACACGAUCGAAGAAAUAUUUUUCUUUAUGCAUAAGGAAGAUUAAUUGUUUAGAUUAAUUCUUGUUGAAUUUUUUAAAAUUUAUACAAUAAUAUGGGCAUGGCAUAGUAGACAGUGCACGAGUCUAUAUACAGUAUCCAAACAUUUUGUUGAACAAUAUGUAUUCUUGAGCAUCAGAUUGCAGUAAUAUUUCGUGGAUAACUCAGGUUACAAAAGUUAAAAAUUCUCAACAUAAUGUACAAAAUACAACAAAAAGAAUGACAUUAAAAUUAGGAAAAGUUAGAGUAUUAGCAAGUGAGGAUCACAAGAAAAUUGUAUAAAUAGUUUAUAUAAUGUUGGGUAGGUGGCUAUAACUAGCUUUUUAAUGGACGAUAUGCAUUCGUUGAUUUACAACAUGUAUACAGUGUGUUUCAUUACGAGCAUCAUAAUGUAAUUCGUUGAAACAACGAUAUAAAAUAUUUAUUAUCUUAUGAUAGGAUGCAUCUUUUUGUUUUGACGGUUACAAAAAUUUUUCGACAUGCGCCAUUCCAUACACAGUCAGUGGUGGUACCAGAGCGUGGAGGCUAUAAUGCUAUGUUUUAAUGUACAGAAUUUUCAGAAAGAAAUUAUCACAAAAUUGUUAAAAAGAACUGAUUUCUUAAAUCAUGCGAUGAUGUGUGUGUGUAUAUGGACAGUCUGUAUACAUACUAUAUAUUAUUAUGUUAAAUAUAAAAUCUCCUGAGCGUGGGCAUACAUGAAGACUGGAGUACCAUAAAUCAUUGAGGUAAAAGUAGAUGAUCAUGCAUAAAAUGUCAUUAACGUAAAAGAUAUUUUUGCUGCAAUUAUUAAUAUUAAUUGGUAACGUUACGCACACGAAGAUUUUUUUGCAUGAUAUGAUUAUACUAAUGUAAAACGUUGCAAUAAUUGAUUUUCGUACGGAUACUUAAAAAAAAAUUAAGUAUAAUAUACAAUCUGUAUAUCUAAAAACUAUUAAUUAUAUAUAGAUACAUAUAUAUAUAUAUAUAUAUAUUUAUGUAAAUAGUCCAAAAUAAAUUAUAUUACGUCUUUGUAAAAAUAGCAGAUAUCCCAAAAAUGAGUCGCUCAUAAUUUUAUGGGGCAUGAUGGGUGUCGAUAAGGCUAAUUCAAUGCAAUAUUUUAUAAUAAACUUUAUAGAAAACUAA